CAUCCACCCUCGCCCACAGCUCAGGCGCGCGCAGGUCGCACCGCCCAUCGCUCGGUGCCCACUUCCUGCUGCUGCGCAGGGCCAGCAUCCAAGCCGCUGGCUCGUCUGGCCCGCUGGCCGCAGCGCCAUGUCGCUCGCCCCGCCCUCCACCUCCUCCGCCGCGGCGGCCGGCGCCUCGACCAAGGACUCGUUCAAUGCCGCACUGCGCUCGCGCAACGCCAACAACAACUACAUCGCCCACCUCAAGAUCUGGGAGACGCUCGACGAGGGCGCCGCUCCUGCAUCGGCGGGCGCAGCGGCGCCGCAGCGCAAGGCGCGCUACCUCGUGCUUGCCGUGCAGCGCGACUCGGGCCGCGUGACGCUCAACAAGGCGAAGCGCAACGCCAAUGGCAGCUUCAGCAUCGGCAAGGACUGGGACGUGAACACGCUGCGUGCCGUCGAAGUGCUGCAGCCCGACGCGUUCACUCUCACCCUCUCGCGCUCGUACAGCUGGCAGACGGAGCGGCCGCGCGAGCAGACGCUCUUCCUGCAGUCGCUUGUCAAGGUGUACCGCAAGUACACGCGCGACGCAGCCGGCCCUCGCUGUGUCGGCCUCGAGGUCGAGAGCGGCUCGACGACGGGAGCACCUGCACCUGCUCCUCCGCCUGCUCCCAGCGUCACAUCGCGCACGGCUUCACCAGCUCCGAGCAACGGCCCUGCCCUCUCGGUAGACACGGCUGUCGCGCGUGAGCGCUCGCGCGAGUCGCCGGCUCGGCGGCUGGGCUCUGCCGGCGGCACGGGCGGGGCUGGCGCAUCCGAUGGGUUCUACGAUCCGCGCACACGAGCUGCCACUGAGGGAUCGGCUCCCGUGUCACCACUCGAGAGCCCGCGGCGUCCGCUGCAGGCGCCCCUGCCUCGCCCGGCGAUGUCGCGCAGCAACAGCAGCCGCGGACCAGCAGACGCUCCCCCGGCGAUUGUGCUGCCGCCGGAGAGUCGCAACGCAACGCCGCCGCCCGCUCCGAAUGGCGAGCCUCGCACGCCGCGGCGCGAACGGAGCCCGCUCGCCAACGGCUCCUCUGUGUCGAAUGACGUGUCGCCCGCGCGACAUGUGCCGGGAUCCCGAGAGCUUGGCGUGCCAGGGGCAGCACCGACCGGUCGAUCAAGCCCAGCGGGCGAGGGCUCUGACGCGAGCUCUGUGACCGAGGUGCAGAGCAAGCCGCCUGCGCCACUGGCCCGUCGGCCUUCGAAGGGACGCUCUGGAUCCGGCGAGGGUGGCUCGUCGCUUGGCGUGCCCUCCUCGGGCGGCGACGCGCGCGCUCGGCUCAGUGCCGUGGAGCCGAUGCGAGGCGGCGCAGCGUACGAGCGCAUGCUGCUCGCCGGCACUGGCCUCCGCGGCGUCACCGAGGGCGAUGAGGAGGAGGACCCGUACGGCGGAGCAGAGCUCGAGGACGCCGACGUGGUGCCGAGCCCGUUCAAGCCGCCUCCGCUGUCGCGACCACGCGGCCUCAGGCAAGAGAGCGAGGAGAAGCGCAACGCAGGCGGUGACGACGACAAUGAGGAAGACACGACGCUGCUCAACGUCGAGGAGAUGCUCGAGGGCUUCGAGUGGCGCGGCGGUGCACUCAAGCGCGCCGGCAAGGGCACGGCCGAUGUCAUCGAGGCGCGCCUGCUCGACGAGCUCGCUGCGUUGGAUGCUGCCAACAUCCACGCCAUCAUCGAGAGCGACGACCGCGUCAACCUCGUCGUGCGGCACAUGGAAGAGGCCAUGGCGGCGCUAGACAUGAUGGACUCGAUGAUUGCCGGCUUCAAGGUGCAGCUCAAUGCGCGAGCCGACGACAUCAGCCACAUCGAGUCGCAGAAUCGCGGCCUGCAGGUGCACACGUCUAACCAGCGCACGCUGGCCAACGAGAUCGAGAAGCUGCUCUCCACUGUGCACGUCGACGACGAGGCUGUGGGUGCGCUGCAGUACGCCGGCCUGGCCGAUGACGUGGGCAUUGCGGAUGCAGAGCGCGCCGCCGCGAGCCUGUACAAGGCGAUGCUGCAGGCGCGGCGCACGGACGAGGAGCGCGCGGACGGCAGCGCCGAGAUGAUGAUGGCCGCUGCGACGGAGCGGCUGGAGGAGUACGAGGGCUUGGCCGAGAGCUUCGCAAAGCGCAUGCUGCUGCAUCUCACGCGCGAGUUCAACGAGCAGUCACAGCUCAUCCUCAACGAUCCGCAGCGGCGCUCUGCGCUGUCGCCGCCACACCCGACGCUGCACGACCACUCGGCCGUAGAGGAGAUCCUCGGACGCUACUGCGGACUGCUGCUGUGGGCCAAGGAGGUGUCGCCUGGCCAGUUCAGCCGCAUCUCGGCGGCCUACUUUGCCAGCGCCAACGACCGCUACCGCAAGGAAAUGUCGCAGCUGUUUGGCGUGUGGCGCGAGCUCGUGCGUGCGCCGGCCGAGGACGAGCUGGCCGAGUCGAGCUUCAUCCUGCCGGCAGGCGCCUCGAGCACGGCGGCACUGCGCAGCGGCACGAUCCGCCGCCCGGGCGGACCCAAGGCGUCCAAGGGGCGCGGCGGCACCGGCGACAUCAGCGGAGGCGAGGCCUUCCAACAACUUCUCACGUCGGUCGUGCCGCUGAUCAUGCGCGAGGAGGCCUUCAUGGCGGACAUGCUGCACAUCAACGACAAUGCCGUGACGUACGCCGACUACAUGGAUCUCGAGCCGUACUUCCGCCGGCGUGCGGCGGCCAUCUUCGGCAGCGAGGCGCUCAAUCUCUCGGGCCCGCUGCGCGAGAUGAAGGGCGCGCUGGACCUGAUCUUUAGCUUCCUGAUGCCCGAGUGGCAGAACUUCGCCGAUGCCGCCAUCGGACGCGACCGAACCCAGAUCGUGGGCAUCCUCGCCGCGCUGGACCGCGCGAUUGUCGAGGCCGAGCAGGUCUCGAGCGAGUUCCUCGUGCGCUCGUUGUCGAAGCUGCACAUGCGCCUUGCGGCGAUGCUCGAGCGCUUCAUCGCCGACCAGAUCAAGGGCAUCGAGCAGACAAAGCUGACGGUCAAGAAGCGCAAGGGCGUGGCGCACUUCAUCCGCGUCUUUCCGGUCUUCGUCGAGCGCAUCGAGAGCCAGCUUGGCGACGCGCAGGCACUCAACAUCCGCGCCGCCGUCGACGGCUACUACGAGCAGCUGUGCCGCACGAUGUUCGAGGUGCUGCAGGCGAUGGCCAAGAUGGACGGCGUCGCCGGCCUCGACGAGGACAAGAGCGCGCUCAACCACCACGUCAUUCUCAUCGAGAACAUGCAUCACUUCGUCGCCGACGUGUCGAAGCAGACGAACCCCGCGCUCGCGCCGCUGGUGCAGCGCGCCGAGGGCAUCUACGAGGACCACAAGGCGGCGUACGUGCAGGCUGUGCUGCGUCGGCCGCUCGGCAAGAUGAUGGACUUUGGCGACGGCAUCGACGCACUGCUGCGCUCCACGCCCGCCAACGAGGUUUCGCUGCACAAUGCCUUCUCGCGCAGUGCCUUCAAGCGGCUCGCCAAGGAGCACACGGCCAAGGACGUGCGCAAGGCCAUCGAGGUGCUCUCGCGCCGCGUGCAGAAGCACUUUGGCCUCGACGACGACGACGCGGCGGCGGCGCAGCCGCAGGACAUCGACGAGGCCGCCGACGUGCUGGCCCGCGUGUGGAAGGCGUGCGAGGAGGCUGCGGUGCGCGAGGCCGAGCGCCAGCAGCGCAUCGCGCGCGACUGCUAUGCCGGCGGCGUUGCCUUUGAGCUCUCGACGGAGGACGUGCGGCGGCCCUUUGCGGCGAAUGCGCCGUCUGCUGGACGACGCCGCUAGAGAGCGGCAUGAAGUAGACCACCCACUAAUACCAUUGCUGUCACUGCC